CGAGUGGUGAGUGCCAACAAUAUACCGUCAGUUUGUAUUCGACGCGGAGAAGGUGAACUUGUGUGUGGUGCUAAAUUGCUACUGUUUUAUUCGGUCGAGAGAUAACGGAUUUAUCGUAGUAUAUCUAAUUAUUUAAUAAUAUGAACUCCAUUGAAACUCUUCUAGAAGCUGCUGAAUAUAUUGCUAGACGAGAAAGGGAAGCAGAACACGGGUAUGCUUCAACCUUGCGUUUUCCAGAUGAUCUCAGGAGUGUUAUCAAACGGCCAAAAACGAAAAAAUCUCAGGGAAACAGGACAUCGCAUAACGAACUGGAAAAAAAUAGACGGGCACAUCUGCGAAACUGCUUAGAGAAACUUAAAGAUAUUGUGCCUCUGGGGCCCGAAGCAUCUAGGCAUACUACAUUAGGACUUUUAACAAAGGCAAAGAGGUUUAUAAAAAAUUUGGAAGAUAAAGAAAGAAAACAUUCACAUAUAAAGGAACAAUUAAGCAGGGAACAAAGGUUUCUUAGGAGGAGGUUAGAACAACUCUCAGUUGAUUUUGCCAUGUCGAAAAGACGUUCCGUAUCGGAAUGUUCCUCAACUUCAACAUUAUCUAGUAGUUAUUCUAACACGUCAUUUUCCUCUGCUCCCUCGCCUAUUUCGGAAUCAGAUGAGGUGGACGUGAUUGGUUAUACUAGUACCCAAAGCGAUACGGAUGAUCAUUACAGCGUCCAAUCAGCAUCGAGCGACAGCGGUGUUAUUAUUUCCACUUGCCGUCUCACUCUUUCCGAAAUGGAAGUGAUCUAGGCAGACAGACUGAUCCUAAAAUAGAAUAACAAUAAAAAAUGAAAAUAAAAAAAGGAAGUGGACACCUCUCAAGCCAGUACAGCCAAUCCCGUAACCCAAGCAAAUUUUUUCAACGGGACGUGAUCCAAACUAUUUAAGGGAUGUGUCCUACUAGUCAACGAACACUUCUUCUUUAGUCCAGCCAAUGUGUGACUGAUUUUUGGAAUGUUGAAUUGUGGAAUAAAAUAUUUACAUUUAAUUACGUUUCUCGGCCGUACAGAAUAAGCAAAAUUAUGGGUGUUUAGACCUAAGCUUCUUAUUUAUAACAUUUAACAUUUAAAAACGUUAUUUAUAAUUAAUUUCAGAAAUAUUCUUCCAUAUUUGUUCUGUUCUACAACAUAUGUUAAAACAAUUAACAUUGUAAACGACACUGCUAUCAGAAAUAUUUUUUACAAAUAAUCAAACUAACUAAAUUGUUUUGGAUUAUGUUUAUCAAAUACUUUACCUUCAAAGAUCAAAAUUCAAAAUUUUAGAUAGAUAAUAGUUACUUGAAGUCGAUAAAAUGGAUGACUUUAUUUAAAUUUUUAUAUUAAAUUGUGUGUCAAACAGGAUUUUCAAUUAUUAGUGACAAAUUAAUGACAGAUUUGUACUCCGAAAUUUCAAAAUUAAGCUUUUGAACAAUCUGUUUAGGGUGCUCGAAAUAAUGUACCUUUUUCAAUAGUUAUACUGUCAAAAUAGACAUUUACCCUUGCCCCAAUUAUGCAAAAAAUACCUCUAGUUACAAAGAAUUGCCUGUGACAAGUAUUUAAUGCAACAACAACCCUGCGGGCCGGGCGCCUCUAGGUCACAGAUCACAAUAUAUGGUGUUUUUAAAAAAAAUAUUCAUGGGUUAAUGAAAAAAAUACACAUUUCUAACGACAAACGUUAUAUUAAAAAAAUUAUUUAAAUAAACCGAACCAGAAACUUAUUGUUUAAAUAUUUGCAAAUAAAAAAACAUGAAGGUGAAUAAAAUGAUACAUUUCAGUAUAGAUUAUUUUGUUUUUGAAUCUUCUUUACAAAAGAAACAUUUUUUUCUGAUCCCUGGUUAGAAAUCUCCAUCUAUAGAGGUUUCUCCUGUUUCAGCAACAUCUUGUCUCCUUUGUAUUACAGUUCUGGGAUCAUUUGUUCAGUAAGAACUUUGCUCCAAAUGAUCUCUUGUCAAUGAUACUCCAACAUCUCUUAAAUAUAAUCUUAUCACAAUCUUAUAUGUUUUAUUAUUACUCGCAAAAAUAAUUUGAGAAUAAAUGAAUCAAAAAACUCUUGAUUGAGCAGUCUUCCUACUGGAAUCCUCUUAUCAAUCAAGGCAUACAGAAGUUUCUACUUGACCAACUUUCAUCAAAAAUUCUUAUGUAACUUCAACUCCAGUUUUUAAGUUACAAAUAAAACUUUUAAGCAACAAAAUCAUCUUCGUAUUUAAUUUUACUGUAAUUAUAUUCGCUUGUUAUAUUAAGUACAAUUCUGGAUAAUAAUUAAUGAUGGGUUUUGUAAAUGGUUUUCCAAAGUGAUCACAUGCCAUGGACGCCAUUGUAAAAGAUAAUUUUCAUUUAUUUUCACGAAAAAUAUUCAGUUUCAAAUCUCUCCUGAAAAAUUGUCAAUUUUUUAGUUAUUUUACUUUCUAAGCAUCUGAUCUGACCAGUUUUGUCAGAUUCAAAAUGGAUUUUGAAUACGAAUAACGGUUUGUACGAGAAAUUUUUAUCAGUGUUUCAGCUAUCAUAGAAUCUUGUAUACAAUUCAAGAAAAUAUUGUCGUAGAAUGUUUAGUCUUCAGUAAUAACAUUUGCUUUACAAUAAUAUCAACAAAAUCUAUCAAAUUGGAAGUUCUGGAACCGUUGGUGAUAUUCAUAUUGAACACACUAUUUAUUUCUAGCACUACAUCAACACUCACAAUUACACUGUCUAACUCGCGUUACGAUAACCGUCUCUGAAGACGAUAACUUGGUUAUCGAAACGCGCGUUAGACAGUGUAAUUGUGAGUGUUGGUGUAGUAAUGAUUUGAACAGUGUAUUCAGAACAAAAUCUUAUUUAAUAAACAGAAACGUUACCUUUAUAAAUGUAAAUUUUAUUUCACAAUAUCGAUCACAUAAUGUCUGAGCUUAUAAAAUUAUCAAUAUAUUCAUCUUUAUAUAUAUUAUUUAUAUGUAAAUUGUACAUAGUUUCAACCUGAAUCAUAUAAUAUUAGUAACAGCUGUACUAUUAUGAAAUACUUGUAUACAUACGAACAAUCAAACUAAAAAAACUUAUUGAAUAAAUAUGUGAUGAUAGAAUUCCCUCUUUGUACUUUUCGUAUUUAGUACUUCAUAAUGGGAUAGUCUAAUAUGUAAUAAGGAGGGGAGAUUGACUGCGCUGCGACGCAUAUUUUUUUAAUACAUUCAUUGAAACGUUCCUUUAAAGCAUUGGUUCCAAACCUUUCAAAAUGUUGCUGUACCUCCCGCAGCUACAUUCUUCUUCUUUAAGUACCAUAAACUUUGCAGCUUGUAGCUGUUCUCUUGUCCAAAACUUUUAAUCUCUUAUCUGAAGGCACCCUAAAUGCCAGGAAUGUUAUUUACGCCUCUCCUUUCUCGUCAAAAUAAGCUUGAAAGUUGAAUAUCUCGGUCCUCCAGGAUGUGUCCCAAAUAAGAUACUUUUCGUUGUUCAUUUACCGCAUCAUAUGCUCGGUCCUUGGGAUCCGCAGAAGUCUGCGUAACAACCACAUUUCCAUAACCACACCAUCGGGCCAAAUAUAACAUUUUUUCUUAACUUAUCAAACUUUGUAAAAGCUGUUUUUGCAAUUGCUAUCCGAGUUUUAACUUCCCCGUCGCAAUCCCAUUUUUCUUUUAACAUACAUCCAAAGUAUCUAAAUUUAUUGGCUCUCUCCAUGUUAUUUCCAUUGAUGAAUACAAGAUUUCAUUGAUAAUUUGGAGUAAAUUACCGAAAAUCAACAAGAUAGAAAAUAUGAUAUCAAUUCAGUAGCAGUUGUAUCCAAAUGUAUCUUCUAUCUAUAUUUGUUAUUAUAAAUAUCAAUGGUAUAUUCUUAUGACCACAAAAUGUCUUUACACGUCAAAGACCAGAAAGUUUUGGAAAUUGAGAAGAUAUUUAAGGUUUCUAAUACAUCGUAAUCUAUUAAUCAUCUACAAAACAUCCAUACUCACAAUCACACCUGUUUUUUGACCUUCGGGGCACCCAUAUAGAAAAGUAGAAUAUGUGAAAAAUGUGUUUGGUAUAUUAACAAUAAUACUCUACAAUGAUCUAACGUUAUUUGUCCAGAACAGAACUGCUCCAGGAAAUUGCAAAAGGUUAUUUGUAUAAGCUAUUAGAAACCUAACCUAACCUAAAUUAUCACACUAUUAAUUGUUAUAACAGUCGUAAUAUAAUUAAAAUUCUUCUCUCCGUAGAAGUAUUGAAAAAAUCUGGAAUCAUCAUCAAUCAGAUUAGGGGAUAAUGUGUGUCUCUUCUGAUUGAUUUGUUGAACCAAAAUUGAGGACUUUCUGGCCAGCUUAUGCUCUUUCUCUUCUUCUUAUGCCAGCAAGCAAGAAACUAUUAUGAUUUCUUCAAUAUCCAUACUGUAAAUUUCACAAAAAUCCAAAUUUUCAUAAUAAACGAAGUCAAAAACCAAACGCAUGAGACUUCCACAGCCAAUCACACUCACGACUGGAGACUUCGAAAUCGGUAAUUUCUGGAGCUUAAGUACCUGCGUGCGCAGGUGUCAAAAUAAAUCCGAUCCGUUCGUUGCGAACGCUCCUUUCAAUGAUAACAAGUGUGUGACUAUCUUAAGGAAUCAUCUAUAAAUUACGUCACAAGAAUUUUAGUGCUUUCAAACCCCUCCCCAAGUCCUUUGUCACAUUUUUAUACUCCUUCAGAUGUGACGUCACAUUUUUUUUAGAUUCAUGCAUGUAUUCAAAAAUAAACGAGAUAAAACCAUUUCCUAAUUAUAUUUUUAUUAAAUUUCAGAUAAACAAUUAACAAAUUAGAUUUUUAUAGUUUUUCAUUCACAUCUAAAUUUCGCGUUUUAGUUUUAAUUUAUGAUAUCAUAAAACUUUUGACCCCCCCGGCUCUUGUCACACAUUUCGGUGAUAACUCUCCCUCCCCACAAACCUGUGACGUAAUAUAUGGAUAACCCCUAAUUUCUACAGUAGUAAUUACAAAACAAAAUAUAAUUUUAAUGAGAGGGAUAUGUUUGACAGCAAAUUAUCAAUAUUUGACUUGAUUUUUAUAAGGAAUAACCGCGAAUCUCCCCUUUCUGUAAUGAUCAAUCUUUCCCUCUUUUUUUUGUAAAUACGUUUUAACGACACUAUAACUUGUUUCGAGGAUAUAUGACGAGGGAAACGCGAUCAGAAGCUGUUGCAUAAUUCCCCACAGUCCAGGAUAUUUGUAGGGUAUCUCUACUUGCAGCCAAAAUUUUUCAGCUCCUCAUUAGAGCUAAGCUUAAGUAGCUCAUCUUGUAAUAUCACAUCUCCACUUCCCUUUCAUCAAAUGGAUUAAUGAUCCAUUGUGGUAAUUCCAUCGUCAAAAUAUCUUAAAAUUUGAUUUUAAAUACAUCAAAUGUUGAACGUAUGUCUGAUCAUCUUCAUUAAGGCAUUUUAUCUACGAAAAGAUUGAAAACUGAAAAUUAUCGUCGACCAAUAUUUCCCUUUCCAGAAAAGCUGAAAUGACACUCUUUAUUUUUAUUAUAUUAAAACUGUCCCUUUGUUGAGGUCAUUAAAUUUUUUGACCAAAUCUAUUAAAAUUGAUUAGGUUUUCUUUGAAAUUAGGAUUUUUACUUUAAAAACUUUAAAACUGAAUCAAAAAGUGAAUCAAAUCUUGAUAAAUAUUAACCUUUCGACAAUCAGCGUACUUCGAUAUGUAAAAGUAAUCGUUGGAAGUCUUCUUCAUUUUCAUCGCAUAAUUGUGGAAAUUCAAUGCAUUGCUUAUUUUGUUAACUGUAUUAAUCAUAAAGUAAAGCGAUUGGUGCAAUCUAUUAGUCAAAUUUUAGGACACUAGACAUUUCAGUUCUUCACUAUCGAAACCAUCGUCCGCUGCUUACAAUUAUGGACCCCCAGUUUUUAUGACGCCCCACCUCAAUAUUUACACCUUUUUUAAUAACUAAUUUUCAAUCAGAAGAUUCAAGACGAUUUAUCAAGAAAAAAAGGUCUAAAAGUUGAAGUAAUUUGAUACAUAUUAUAUAACUUCUGUUAUCCUGAAUUGAUUAAAAUCUAAAAAUUGAAAAGUUUCUGAACUAAAAGUUGAAACUUUUCGAAAGUAAUUGAAUUGAAAGGAACGCUUUAAUGAGAUAAUUGUUUAUAAGUAACCUCUCUUUGUUAAAUAGUUACUAUGACCUGUAUAAAUCUGUGUAAAUUAGUGAUAAUUUCAAUAAUUCUAAGAAACAAAUAUUAAUGCACAGGCUGUAUAGAACUAAUUAGAAAUAUGAGGAUUUAUAUUAAGUGCCAGUGGAAAAGGGUAAAGUGAUUUCUAUAAUUUUACUAAAUUUGUUAUAUUAUUUUUUCUUCAUUAUCACUGUACCUGCAUAUUUUUAAGGAUUUAUUUUUAUAAUUAUUUCCUUAAAUAAAAUAAUUUCUGUUUACUAA